CAUAUUUGCAGCAAAGGGGCGCCGCAAUCGCGGGCGCUGCAAAGUUACUACUAGUACUAGAUCAUCGUGUUCGACGUCGGCGGGCGCGUCACAAGGAACUGGCAAGCAUUUACAAAUAAAGGCGCAGGCACGGCGCACCAGCCAAAUGUUAUCUACUCAUAUCAUGAUGUUCUGACCUGCAAUCGGUUGUGUGCUGGUAGCUACCAGCUUAAAUAAACUGUCCUUCACUGGCGUGAGCAGCUCUGUGACGGUCUUGGAUAAGAUUUCACCUUCCCAAUCGAUCAUCCAAUCCAGUGGUACAUGCCAAAUAGUCAUAGCGGCAGUUGCCAGUGAUGGGUGCUUCCAAACGCAUGUUCGCUUCCAUAUAGACUCAGAGACUCAGCUGUGCUUUCAAGCUUGCUCGAUGAAUCCUCCUCGGAAGAAGCCCUUUGGGUGGUCACCAAUACGAAGCCGCUCAAAUCCUGAUUUCCCAGUGGAGAUCGGAGCCAGUGAAAUUGAGACGUCCUCUUUCCCGCCUUCACGGGAUGAAUCUCCCAGAAAACCUCCAGGGCUGUUUCGAAAGUUGUGGGGCAAGGCAACCAAGCGUUCAGCUCAAAGCGCUCGACAGUCAUCAAACCCUGAACCCGCGGUUGCAAGUUCCAGCGCACCGGAUCUCCUACCCGCUCAGACCACUCAGGAUCCUUCACCACUCACUGCUCCCACUCCCACUCCCGGACCAAAUGCUGACCAGCCUUCCAAUUCAGGCAUUCUGAAGGUCGAGCAACCUGACCCGAAGUUUGUGAAUGAGCGAAUCGCCGAUGCCACAAAAGGCGUUGCAGGGAUGAAAAACGUGCCUGUAAUGGCCCAAAAUACUGCUUCGCAAACGAACAACUUGCAAUCCAUUCCCGAUACGAUCGACACGUUCUCCGCAAUACUUAAACCCCUGAAGGCAUUCAACUCAAUCGCUAAUGUGCUUGCAGACGCCCAUCCCUAUGCAAAGGUGGCAUUGAGCAUCUUCACUUACGCAUCCCAGAUGAUUCUCGAUCAGGCAGACCGCGAUGCUGCUGUCUCUGGUUUGCUCUCGAAGAUCUCUGAGGUCUAUACUUUCAUCACGGAAGAGGAGGCGUUGGCCAGUGUUCCAUCCAUGCCAGCAAUUUAUGGGAAGAUAGCGCGAC